AUGUAAUACAUAUGUGAGAUCUGGAUGUGCCUAUUAGCUUAACAUGUGGAAUGAUGUGGAUGUUGAUUUUGGGGGAGAUGAAACAGGGAAUUUUGGUCCGAGGAAAGAGACAGGAAGUGCCUUGUAUCAGAUUGAUACCAUAGCAACAAUUUCUUCUCAAGAAGAGGUAGAGCACAAUCCUAGAGUGUUUGCCACUGCAAGAGAAGAUGGACUCUGUGUAUCAGCGGGGAAUAAUCUAUCUAUAUUUGGGCAAUGUGGACAUGACUUCUUGGUCACCAUUGAUUUUGGUGCAGACAUCGAUGUCUUAGAAUGGAGCUGUGAUUCUCAAUUCAUUGUGGCUGGUACAAGUAAUGGAAGACUUCAUUUUGUCGACAUAGAGCGUCAGAAAAUUCUAUUCUCAAAGGAUCUCGUCCCAGCGAGUGAAAUAAUUGAAUCUAAAGCAUUUCAGCGCAUUGUUUUCACUUUGAGUACCACUCAUACAAGCAGCAAUUUGCUCAUCCUGACCUCUAGUGGUAAAAUUGUGCGAAUCACACACAUUGAUCUGACUGCGAUUCGAGAAGCUAAGAGUGGAAAAGAUGCUGCGAUUAUUAUGCAACAGUUGAAAAUUGAGAAGGUUGACACAAGUGAGGCCCAUGAUGAUAAAGUUUCAAGUGCAGAUGUACUGGAGUCACAUAGACUUGUCAUAACUGCAGGAAGAGGUGAUGCUGUAUUGAGCUCAUGGAGAUUUGAUGGAAUAGAGGGCGCUAUUCAUCAGGCAGUCAGUGGCUUCAUCACAAAUGGUGUUGGGGUUAAGAAAUGCAGACUGACUCAAGGUGGAAAAUAUCUGAUAACCUUGCAAAAUGAUUACAGCGUUGGCAUUUGGAAUACAGGUUCUCUGUCCAUGUUCAUGCAAUACUCAGAUCUUCAAGUUGAAGACUUUGCACUUAUAGAAACUGGAGACAAAACCUACAGAUUGUGUGACACAAAGAUUGUGCUUUUGACAUCAGCCAGUGCAGGAGGACAGCAACUUCAUGUUUGUACAAUGCCAUCAUUCAAGUCUGUUUAUUGCAUUGAACUCUCAGAGAAUACAUACCUUGCAGAAUUCCCAUCAAAUACUGAGAAUAUCUAUGUAGUUGAAGGGGUCUCUGAUGAGGAGGGCAAUUCAGACUUGAUUUCUACACUAAGACUGAGAUGCUUAUCCGAGGCCAUGCCAGAUACAAGAUUGAAUCGUAUCUUACACAAGAAACAGUUUAAUGAAGCUGAGCAGUUUGCCAAGCAAUUUGGGUUAGAUGUAGAGCUUGUGUACAAAGUUCACACCAGUCACCUACUAGAUGACCUUUCACCUUGGAAUGUAGGUGACCUUGAUGAAGGUGAAAUUGAGGCCAAGCAUGCCACAUUGAAAACCUGCCUGGCACUGAUCAGUGAUGACAACCAUGUGAUCGAUUGUUGCAUAAAAGCUGCCAUGCCAACAUUCCAAGCUACACUGGAGCUGCUGAAAUAUGCAAGAGAACGAUUAAAUAAAAAGAUUAAUGCCAAGGAUUAUGAUAUUGAGGAAGAUGAGAUCUCAAGGCCUGCACUACUUACAAAGGUGCUAGAGACAAUUCAUAGACUGACUACAUAUAAGAUUGCGUUUGGAGAGGAUGAGUUUACUGGUAGUGCCUGGGAUCACUUUAUGAAGGCCAACAUGCUGCAGGAGUUAUUGCAAUGGCUCUCAAGGGGGGAGGCCCACAUCGCAUUCACGAUCUGGCAGCAUCACCAAAGUGAAUUUAUCCCAGUGCUAGAUUGUGAUGUCGUAGAGGAUAUACUGCGAUGUAUUCCUGAGACUGCAUCGUCAGUGAGCAUCAAGGCCUGGUUCACGUCUGACUUCAUACCCUUUGUCAUCAGAAAUCUUCCAAGUGCUCUUUAUAUUGUGGCCAAGUUUGUUGAAAAGAGAGCAAGAACAAUGGAACUGAAUGAGAAGAAAGACUGGCCACAGAAUGCACUUUCAAUGGCUGAAUGCUUCCACAACACUUGCCUUGGUACAUCAGAAGCCACUUCAAUACAAGGUCUUGCGACUAUAGGGGAGUUUGUCACUCAGAUAUGUAACAUGUCAAUUGGUUACACUGUAUCUAAGACUGAGAAAUUGUUAGAUUCAGCAAACAAAGAACGAACUGAGGAAGAUAGUUUGAAGGUUGAAUCCAAGGUUUUCCUGAGUCUGCAAAGACUGAUAAUGAACCUGAGGGACUUGCUAAGUCUCCAUACCAAGUACAAUUGUAAACUCUCCCUAGCAGAGUAUAUACAGGAGACAACAGAGUCCCUUACAUACAGAAUGCUUGACAGGGUGAAUGCUAUACAAUUGAUACCCAGUGCUUUGGAGAAAGUUGUUAAGCCAUACAUGAAGGAACACCAUUUGGAUGAGGAUAAAAUGCUCUAUCAAUACAUACAGGACUUGCUGGAGAGAUUCCGUACAGUAUCUCUAUAUCGUGGUGACUCCCACUGGGAAGCCAAGGCCAUUGCAGUUAUACAUUGUAUCAAAGAACCAGAGUACAAGUGUUUGUCUAUCCUCCUGGCCAUGAAGCAAGCCUACAUCCCUCUCAGCUCUGAUAUGGAUGCAUUGGUACAAGAGGGCCUGCAGUUGAAUAUUCCAAGAGUGGUAGAGUUGAAAGAGCAAUGCAAACUGAUGUCAUUGCGUGAAAUCCUAGCCAACUAUGGUUUGAGAAACUAUCCAAUGGGGGACGUGUCACGUUCAGAGAGAUUGGUGAUGUACAUUCUGCACCAGGACAGACCAGAGUGCUUGAAAGAUGCUUUAGAGGUUGUUAAAGCCUACAACAACCUCAGUGACAUCACUGCUUACAUCUUUAGACUGAACUUCCUAAUCAAGAACAACAGGAUUUUGGAAGCUAUGGAGCUAUUGAGGUCCCUCCCCACAGGGCAGGCCCUGAUAUGUGGAAGCAGGGUUGUAAGUGGCACCCUAAUUCUCCUAAACACCCACUGGACUCUAUAUGAAGAUGAGAAGCUGGAGAGGAUUCUAUUCAUGGAGGCAUCUAUUAAGAUCCUGAAGGCUUUAUAUACAUUGGAUAAAAACAAUGAUGUGGUGCAGGAGUACUACCAGUAUCUACCUGAUCUUCAAAGGAUACUAGCCUUACAGGUUGAAUUUGGAGAAUUCAUGAGACUCGAGGACUAUUGUACAGAGGAGAAUCGUAAAUCUCUUCUCUUCAAACGUUUGCAGCUCCACUUCAGUGGAAAACAAACACCCUUAGAAAAGGCUCAACACAUUGACAGCGAUCGAAAAUCUAGCAAAAGUAAGACGUCAGGAUAUGCGAAGAUAUUCCGCUUGGCCAACAUUUUACGAGUCUCGAAUGAUGAAUUGCGUGGGCAGUUAGCCAUACACACAGCCAGGAAUGAAGAUGUACAGACUGCUCUCAAGUUUUGCAGGUAG